AGGAUGUCAGUGCCUCUGGGGAAACAGGUCUUUUUUACUGGCGUGGUGGCUAGCGGGGGCUGCGCCCUUUUGUACUACCUGAUACAGAAAACUUUUUCCAGGGCUUCCUAUUACCAGUUGGCGUUGGAGCAUCUACACAGCCACCCUGAGGCACUGGAAGCUCUGGGCACUCCUCUCAACGUUCACUAUCUCCGACUCACCGACAAGUACAACUUCGUGGACAUUGCUGAUGCAAAGUUGAAGAUUCCUGUCUCUGGACCCAAGUCAGAGGGCUAUCUCUAUGUCACCUCAUCCAGAGAUGCCCCCUUUAAGAGGUGGAACCUUCAGGAGGUCUUCUUAGAGCUCAAGGAUGGCCAGCAGAUUCCCCUGUUCAAGCCCAGUGGGGAGAACAGCAAUGAGCUGAAAAAGGAGUGA